GCACGGCAAGGUCGAAUUUACUUUUUUAUUUGAGAUACUUAUACGUGGACGGUGGGCUGAAUAAUAGGAGCUUUGUGAACUUAUGGUAUCAAUAACACAAAUUAUUGAUCUGUUGCAAUUUUUUGGUUUUUAAAAAUUAAUUAAAAUAUUUAUUAGGUUAUCUAUCGAGUUGAUUGUUUACGUAUUUCGUGUGCGGAUGAUAAAAUAUUGGAAAUAUAAUAUAGGUCUGUAUGCGUACGAAAGUAGGCAGGUCAGGUACAUACUUGAUUUUUGAUUAAUUUAUUAGAUAACUGUUGGAGAAUACCUAGAUCAAGAUGCUCAAACGCAAUGUGCUUUGGUGGAUGCUUGUGUUCUUUUUUAUUAACCACACAUUUGUCGGAAUGAGUACGAGUAUUGCUAUCAUAUCCAUGGUGAGAAAACAUAACAUGACCAGCAUUGCAGCUGCAGCUGAUAUCGUUUGCCCUAACACGACUUUUAUUUUGAGAGAUUUAUUUGAGAAUAAACAUUCAUCCUCAUCAAGUUCAAAUUUAUCUCAAAUAAAUAAAGAAAAGGAGACAUUUGACUGGUCAGAAGCAGAGCAAAAUAUGGUCCUGGCAGGAUUCUUUCGGUUAAAUUAUUUGUCAAUUUUUCUCGGUGGAGUUCUGGCUCAAAAAUAUGGACCGAAGUUGGUCAUAGGGUACGCCCAGUUCAUUAUUUCGAUGAUGUGUUCUUUGAUUCCUAUUGUUGCUGGGUACGGAGCGGUUUGGGUGUCUUGGAUUGGAUCUGUGCAAGGAUUGUUAGCAGCCAUGAUUUGCCCAACUGCCAUAUUCACAAUAAUUGGGAAUUGGAGCCCACCUGAAGAACGUAGUAAAUUCGGAUCUACUUUCAUGGUCGGAAUGUCAUUCGGUGAGGCUAUUGGUGGUUUUCUAUUCGGAUACAUAGGGGAAUAUGUGCACUGGAAGUACAUUUAUUAUCUGACCUCUGUUUGUGGAAUCAUUUGGAGCGUACUUUGGUACUUGUUGAUUUUCGAUUCACCUUCAAAACACCCUACCAUCUCGACCGUCGAAAAGCAAUGCAUUGAAAGCAGCUUAAAAACAACUUCGCAUGAGAUUAAGGCUUCUAUUCCUUGGAAAAAUAUUUUCACCAGUGUACCGUUUAUGAUUUGUAUUUUAUCUGUGAAUUCUGGCAUGUGGGCAUUUGUCAUGUUGAAUGCAUAUUCACCUCUGUACCUGAAAACCAUGUAUGGAAUGAAUUCAAACGAAAUUGGAAUACUCUCAAGUGUGCCUUCCAUUUCAAUGAUCGUGGUUGCCCUGGGAGUCGCUUAUUUCAGCGAGUUAUUCAUGAGAAAAGGCUGGUUGGGUAUAACAAGUAUUAGAAAAAUAUGCACAUUCAUAGGGAAUGUACUGGCUUCAAUUCCAUUGGUAAUUAUCGCUUUCACCAAAUGUAACUUGAAUGUAGUUAUUUUUUCUAUGCUAUUGGUCAGCGUUAUGGGGGUAUUCGGUAAUUCCGGAUCUCCAUUGAGUGCUUUGGAUUUAAGCCCCAAGUUCAGUGGAAUUCUGGAAGGAAUAAUAGGAACUUUAUCAGCUGCACAAAUGUUUAUAUUUUCAACAGCUGUAGUCUAUUUCAAUAAGAUUUGGUCAAUUGAAGAAGUAUGGAAAGUGUUAUUUUUGUUCACUGGAUUGUAUUGCAUCUUGGCAAAUUUGGUGUUCAUAAUAUUUGGCACAUCUGAAGUGCAACCCUGGAAUUUUCAGGAUAAUCUCCAUGAAAAGCCUGAUUCGAACAAGAGAUUGUUGAAAACAUAAAAACACUUUCCCAGAAAUGAUACUGCGGCGUUGGAAUUAUGAAAAUGAUACAAAAAAGAAUCAGUGACGAACCACCGAUGAAAAUAUCGCCAUCGCUCCUAACUAAAUUGAAAUUUUGUCAUUCAAAAAGUAGAUAUCUUCGAGUUUAAGUAGGUACCUAGUUAGGUAAAUUUUUAUUGAUAAGUAUCUAGCUGAUGUAAUUUAAUAUAGAUGUGCGGAUUAGCCAUGAGAUAUAAAGAAAUUUAAUCCAUGUUAAAUACUUUUAUCUAAAGUUCUUCGUGCAUUUAAACAGUUUAUAAUUUGUAAAGAUAGAGGUAGGCAGUGUCGCAUAGGUACUUGUGAAUGACGCUUAUGCCUGUAGAUUGAUAUAGACACUUGAUUCUUCAUAUUUCAAUUGUUUUUAUUGGUAUUUAUUUGUAAUUAUAUGUCAAGGUUGAA